CCAUGGAACGAAUAUUGUUGCUGGUCCUUCUAGCGAUUAGAGUAUUUCCAGGGUCUGCUCAGUUCAACAGUUACAGCUGUGAUGCCAACCUCCACAGCAGAUUUCCUGCGGAAAGAGACAUCAGUGUCUACUGUGGAGUGCAGGCCAUUACAAUGAAGAUUAAUUUUUGCACGGUCCUUUUCUCGGGAUAUUCUGAAACGGAUCUGGCCCUGAAUGGAAGGCAUGGGGAUUCCCACUGCAGGGGCUUCAUCAAUAACAACACCUUUCCAGCAGUGGUCAUUUUCAUCAUUAAUCUCAGCACCUUGGAGGGUUGUGGAAACAAUUUAGUGGUGUCCACAAUUCCUGGUGUCGGUGCUUCUGGAAAUGCAACCUCAGUACAGAUAGGAAAUAUUUCUGGAUAUAUUGAUACUCCAGACCCGCCAACAGUUAUCAGCUAUCUUCCUGGGCUCCUUUACAAAUUUAGUUGUAGUUAUCCAUUGGAAUACCUGGUUAAUAACACCCAGCUUGCUUCGUCCUCAGCUGCUAUUUCUGUGAGAGAGAACAAUGGGACAUUUGUCAGCACUUUGAAUUUGCUCCUUUAUAACGAUUCAACCUACAGAGAGCAAUUAAUUAUCCCGAGUAUAGGAUUACCCUUGAAAACCAAAGUGUUUGCAGCUGUGCAAGCUACUAAUCUGGAUGGCAGAUGGAAUGUAUUGAUGGAUUAUUGCUACACAACCCCAUCUGGGAAUCCAAAUGAUGAUACUCGGUAUGAUCUCUUCCUUAGCUGUGACAAAGAUCCUCAGACCACUGUCAUCGAAAAUGGCAGAAGCCAGCGGGGCAGGUUUUCAUUUGAAGUCUUCCGUUUUGUGAAACACAAGAAUCAAAAGAUGUCCACUGUCUUCUUGCACUGCCUCACGAAACUCUGCAGAGCUGAUGACUGUCCCCUCCUCAUGCCAAUUUGUGGCAACAGAAAAAGGAGAGAUGCUCAGAGCUGGACAACUUGGGCCCCGCAGAGCACUUCUGGAAAUGCGGUCCUGUCUGCUGGACCGAUCAUCACCCGGAGCGAUGAGACUCCAACCAACAAUUCACAGCUUGGUUCCUUGAGUGUGCCUCCCUUUCAGCUGAAUGCUGUCACCAGCUCUUUGAUAUCAGGAAUGGUCAUUCUGGGAGUCAUGUGCUUCUCUCUCCUCUUGUGUUCACUGGCCCUUCUACACAGAAAGGGAUCCACCAGCUUGGUAUUGAAUGGUGUAAGAAAUCCUGUCUUUGAGUGACAGUGACUGGUCCUGCUCCAGGAGGAAGGUGUCACUGACCACUCUAUGUG